AUUCUCCUGAACCCCCGGCCAAUCAGAGACGAGGACACAAAGACACGUCGCACAUGAAGACAGCGUCAUGGAGCGUAAACUGGAUCUGUCGCGUCUGACGGACGAAGAGGCCAAACACAUCUGGGAGGUGAUCCAACGAGACUUCAACCUCCGGAAGAAAGAAGAGGAGAGACUCGGCGAUUUGAAGACUAAGAUCGAGAAGGAGGACACGAAGCGAGAGCUGCUGGGCACUGACAGCCAUCUGUCGGACUCCCACUGCAUCCGCUGCCUGCAGCCCUUUAAGUUCCUGGUCAACAGCAAGCGCCGCUGCCUGGACUGCCAGAUGUUCACCUGCAAGGACUGCAGCCGCUACAACAAGAAGGAGCACGGCUGGGUGUGUGACAACUGCCGCAUGACCAGGGUGCUGAAGAUCGGUACCGUGGGUUGGUACCAUGACAACGUGAGAAACCGCUUCAAGCGCUUCGGCAGCGCCAAGGUGAUGAGGUCACUGUACAAGAGGCUGAACGGAGACGGUAGCCGUGACGACGACACUCAGAGUAUGCCGGACGUCCGCAGCCACGGGUGUAACGGUACGGAGGAUGACCACGGAGAGACCGAGGUUCAGCGCUACAAAGUGAUGAGGAAGAACAAACGCCUGCUGUCUGUUCAUCCCCUGGACUUUGACCCUGAGGAUUAUUACCCUUACUCCCGACGGCCGUCCGUACAGCAGCUGCAGGAGGAGCGCGGCUACAGGAACGAUGUGGACUACGACGUGAACAACCACCGAGGGAACCGCAGGAAGAGUCUGGACCGAUACGCCAUGAGGCAAGAGGAUGCAGACAGCAGGAUGGUGAGGACCCGCUCUCUGUCUAAGAUCAGCUCCUCGGUUGCUCGGCAGCAGUACGUCGACACCUCCGACGAGGACGACUACCCGAGGUUCGCCCCCGUGUACCAACAGCCGCCGCACCGCCGCAAGAACAGCCGUGCCGCGUCCCAGGAGAACCUGAUCCAAGCCCCGCCCAUGAACGAGCUGAACAAACGCAUGUCGGCCAUAGAGAGUCUGCUCAACCGCCUGGAGGAGAAGAUGACCCCUGCUGACCAGACGGCGGCUCUUCCGGCGCUGAACGAGGAGGAGAAGCUGCGGAGGAAGCUGAGCGAACUGGCCGGGAACCUGAGCGAUAAGGGCCUGUCGUCGGAUGACGAGGCCGAGAAGAAGUCUCUCUCUGUGGGGAAGAGUGCAGCGGGCGUCCGCGGCGGCGGCCCGGCGGUCCCUCUGAAGGAGAAAGAACUGAGUUCAUCCAGCGACGAGAUGCCCACUGAGGCUCAGAAGAGAUCCACGGCUGCCGCCCUCUGUGACCUCACCACUGAGGUCCUGAGAACCAUUAACGCCACAGAAAACGCUAUGCUCGAGUACGGCCUCGCAGCGCCGCUCGACAGAGCCCACGUAGUAGGGACUGACGUUAAGCAAGCAGACGAUGCUUUCAGGGAACUUGAGGAAAAUGUGUACUUGGCGGCCGGCCAGUCGUACGAGCUGGAGACAAAGCUACGGCGCCUCGAGCAGAGCGCCAAGACUCGCUUCGGCGGGACGACGGACUCGGAGCUGUCGGAGCUGGAGGAUGUGGUGGCGCUGACCGCCGCACGCGUGCAGAGCGCCGAGAGCGAAGUGUCGGACAUCGAGAGUAAGAUCGCCGCUCUGAACGCUGCCGGAUCAAAGAAGAAGGUUUCUGGAUCUCAGAGGAAGAAGGCGCCGCAGGACUUCUCCAGAAGCAGUAACGGCGCUCAGUGGAAAACAAACAGCCUGUUCUGAACCUGACGCCAGGAAACAUACUGCUGCCGUUCUUCGCUGCUUUAAAAAAUGACAAAACAAAAUGUUUUUCAGUCUAAAUGUUGUCUUUAAAUUGACUUUAAAUCCUCUAAAUAAUUUGACAACAUUACAGGUAUUACACGACAUAUUAGGGCCGUUGGAAGGAGAGAAAGAAAAGCUACGGAGAUGGAUAUUAAUCUGAGAAUAAACUCGUAGAUUUACCUGAAAAAAAACACAAAUUUACACCAUAAAACUCAGAUAUUCUCUGAGAUAAAAGUCAUUAAUUUACACCAUAAAACUCAGAUA